AGGCGACCGACGGAUCUCAAAAUGGCGGACCAGGCGACCGGCACGGCGUGCGUCGACGUCCAGCAGCGCGACGGUGGCGCCGUCUCGCCCAAGCACGUCCUCGCCAAGCCCGGCGGGUCGCCCUUCUUCCAGGAGGGCCACAUGAACGCCGGGGAGCAGAAGCAGCACUCCGAAGAGCUGGCCAAGAUGAUGGCGAAGAUGAUGAGCUGCUCUCCCAUGGACAUGGGCCCCGAUGGAGGACACCUGACACCGGACGAUUUCGCCGCCUCGCAGAAGAUGCGCGACCUGCUGGCCAAGGCCGAGCACCGCGGGGAGGAAGACGACUACGCCGCCGUGCAGCGGAUCGAGGACCUGGUGGCCCAGGGCAGGGGCCUGCUCGAGCAGAUGAACGACACCCUGAACACCCUGCUGGCCGCCGAGCUGAACAGCACUGCCUCGGCCGCCGAGGACGCCGAUGCUUCGCGCUGAGCACGCGCUCGUCGUGCGUCGACUAUACGACGCGACGUACGGACGAGGGCGUCAACGCUGCCUCCGCCCUUUGGACCUCACUCCGCUCGUGGCACCGCGGUGCCCUCGCGGAGAGCGUCCCGCAGAAGCUCCGUAAAUACAGGGUUCUCUAU